CCAAGGGUAAAUAUGAUUUCCUUCAAAUCGUUCAAUGUAGAAAAUGGAAUUUACAAAUUAUUCGAUUUUUGAGAAACUUCAGUUGCAUAUUAUGGAAAACUGGAAUUCUGUUGAUAAACUUGUGACGCGUGUUAUGUUUCCAUAUGUCGUCAGGAAAUGAAAGUUUACCAAGGGUACUAAGAUGGCAUCUCCACAAGUAAUAGGAGGCUACCCAGUAGAAAUCUUUACCAAUGAAAACUUUGACAGAAAAUUUUUAUGCAACCAUUGUUCAUUAAUUUUGAGAGACCCUGUACAGAGCUACUGUGGUCACAGAUUUUGUCGCUCUUGUAUGGAAAGCAUCAUCAGAUCUAAUGAGCAAGUAAGAUGUCAGUCCUGUAUAGAAGAAGGAACAAUGGAUGAAGAAUAUAGUAUACUGAAAAUGGAUCAGAUGUUUCCUGACAAUGCUGUACGAAGAGAAAUGGGAGCCAUGCCAGCUAAAUGCAUCAACCCAAAAUGUACCUGGAAAGGGACUUUCAAGCAGUAUGAGGGUCAUAUGGCAGAAUGUAAAUUUAAGCCAGUUCCCUGUCAGCAGUGUGGAAUGCCUAUAGAACCCCAGGCUCUGCAGGAUCACAUGACUAAGGAGUGUCCAAAACGGAGGGUGCCCUGUAAAUACUGUCAGACCGAGAUCACAAUGGAGGACAUGGAGAAACAUAAUUUGGAAUGUCCAAAAUUCCCAAUCAAAUGUGACUCUUGUGGCAAGAAAAAAAUACAAAGGGACAAGAUGCAGCAUCACAUAGAUAAAGAGUGCUCAAAUCAGAAAGUUCCCUGCCUUCAGGAGUGUGGUGAUAUCAGCAGAGACAAGUUUGUUGAACAUCUGGAUAGGAAGCCUGGAAUACACAUACAGGCCCUGAUAGAUGGACUGCGGGAUUGUACGACAAGACUGCAGUCUGUGGUGGUCCAGGGGGACCUGGGUCAAUUUGUUUCACACAUAACUGAACUCAAACAGAAAGUACAACAACAGGAUCAGCAGAUUCAGGCCAUACAGACCUCAGGUCCAGCAGGUGGGGGGAUCGCUGGGGACGGGGAAUCCAAUGUGGUGAGGUCAAAAGUUCAGGCUCUCGAGUUAAAAACAGGGACAUUUGAAGGCAUUGUCACAACUCUACAUAGAGAAAUUGAACGUUGCAUAACAGCAAUAGAAAAUGUUGAGAGGAACAGACAAGGAGACAAACAAAUGAUAGAGAAUCAAGAAAAGAAAAUAAGGGCCUUGGAAAGGAACAUUUCACUCAAGGAUGUUGCUCUAGCAGAACAGGAACUAAGAAUUAAAACAUUAGAAUUGACAACAUAUGAUGGGACACUAAUCUGGAAGAUCUCUGAGUGGGGAAAGCGUCGAUCUGAGGCCCAGAGUAACCAGGUCACGAGUUUAUACUCCCCCAUCUUCUACACCAACAAGAAUGGCUACAAGAUGUGUGCCAGACUGUAUCCCAAUGGAGACGGAAUGGGGAAGAACACACACAUGUCCAUCUUCUUUGUUGUCAUGAGAGGUAACUUUGAUGCCCUGCUAAUGUGGCCAUUCUCUUACCGUGUGACUUUCAUGCUCUUGGAUCAAAACAACAAGGAGCAUCAAGUGGACUCUUUUCGUCCUGAUCCCAACAGCAGUUCCUUUAAACGACCCACGACAGAAAUGAACAUCGCUAGUGGCUGCCCCCUCUUUAUUCCCCUCUCAAAAUUGGACGAUCCAAGUCUAGCUUAUGUCAAGGAUGACACUAUGUUUAUCAAACUGGUAGUAGACGUCCAAGAACCACGCAGAUAAUCCAUUAGUAUAAAAAAUUUUAAAAUUGCUUCAAGAUCACAGCAACACUAGCCAGCUCAGAGCUCAUCCCAAGCUCUGAGACCAACUGGCAUUAGGGCUGGCCAUGAACUGAGAGAUUGAUAAUACACUACCCACCAUAAAUAAUUUUCCCCAUUAUUCUUGAAAGAAAAAUAUCUGUAGAUAUGCCUGUCAGAAAAAAAAUUAUCUGUAUAUAGUCUAAUCCUUUGCUUAAAAUAUUUACUGCUUGAUCAAGAUACUGUGAUGAUGAAAGAAAGACCAAUCAUCAGUACAAAGUGUCCCCUUAGUAUACAAAACACUAAUUUAGAGAAUCUAUGUACUGUCCCCUACUUAAUGAAGACAGAACAUGCACAGAUCUAGUGGAGGAAGUUGGUGGGAGGGGACUUUUAACCCCUUACAUAGCAUAUACGCAUUUCUAUGCAUCUGACUUGAAAAACGUGUAUAGUGUGAAAAAACAUUCAUAACUUUGUUAAUACUGCAAAUAUCAGAAUAACUUUGUACUGUUGGAAAGAGAAAAUAAUUACAAUGAAAAAAUACGCGGAAUUUUUGUUAUUGAAUGUACCAGUUUUUUUGCUAGCUUGAGUUAAACUUUGCGCACAAUUUGAGCGAUUUUGUCAUUAUCGAAAUCAAUGCAGGGGUAACACAUUAUAUGUAAAAAUCCUAACUUCUGAUGAUUACGUCCCAACCCCGCCCAAUCCCCCCAAAAUACUUAAAAUUGGUUUGUAAAAAAAAAAUGUACAACAUGCUCAUAAUUUUCAACACAACAAUAAAAUAUUUUCUAAUAUAUUUAACUAAGCAAAAAAACUAGAAUGAAACUCAUUCCUGAAUAAAUGGAACUUCAAGCAUGAUUAUGGUGUAUUUAGUUGCCAUGGCAAUUGAAAUGAUAUUUUUAUAACCAUUUUUAGAAA